AUGGAGGCUUAUACGUGGUGUAAGGACUUAUGGACGCCUAAAACCUUUAACAAGUUCAGUUUUGCGGCAAACGUUUUUUGGAUUGGAAUCGGAGCAAUAUUUGUUGCAAUAUUUUUGGACAUGGAAAUCAAUGAACCGAGGUUUGACUGGAGUUGUGCUUUGAACAAUGCUGAUGCCGAUGGCUCCACACAAAAAGAUUGUUUCGUGGAAUACGAAGGGCUGUACAACAAACUGUCAGUUCCUUCCUACGGUUUUGUGAUUGUUAACUUCCUUAUCCCUUUCGUUAUUUGUGUGAUAUAUUCAGUAUUUGCUAAACCAAGAGUGAGUUCUCUUGUAAACAGAGCGGACGUCGAAAGAGGACAGAAUGAAACGGCGACUUUAAGUCGUCAAAGAAAACUCUUCACUGCAUACCUCUCUCAACUUAUCACUAGGCUCUGUCUCGGGAUUACGUUUAUUGUCUUUCUACAAACUGAAGUAUUUUAUCCUCGUAAAUUUCCUUCAAACUUCAAGUGUAACGUGAUGAGAGGAGUAGUUAAUCAAACAGCGAAUGCAACUGGGAACGCACAAACUCAAACAUAUGAAUGCAACACUCAGCGAGCACAUAAGAAGACCUCGUAUAUGUAUGCCUUACGCGGGGUUGAUGGAUUUUUUGCAUUCAUUCUUUUAAUUGAGAUUUUUAUCAUUUUAUCGCGUGUAAGAAAAGGAAGACAGCUCAUGAAUGACCAACAGUUUUAUAAUGAUCAUCUUAAAUCGAAUUAUGAUCCCCAGAAAGAUCCGUCUGGUAAACAAAAUUCACGACAAGAAAUAACUAUGAGCCUUAUAUCACAAUCAAAAUUGCAAGAUUCAAAGGAGGAAGAAAAUCACAAAAUAUUGGAAACAGAACAUUUACCUCAGUUGCAAACUUGUUUCAAGUGCAUGAAGGAAAGUAUCUUAAAGAACACCGAUCGACUUAAAGAUCUCUCUUCACCCUUCAAACCGAACCCGGGCGAAGGCGAUAGACCUAGAGAUCUUAAACUGGACCAAAUUUAUACUAAGUUAAUUAUUCAUCCUGGAAGAGCCUAUUAUCACUUUUCUGAAAACAGGCGAGAACAGCUACAAGUGUACCCCAAACCAGGGGAAAAUUUACCACCGAAAGGACCCGGAGACAUUGUUGAUGAUCAGCACAAGAAUGUUCUUAUCGUUGGUCGCCCUGGAAUUGGCAAAACGUUGUUUUGCACAAAGUUUAUGCGCGACUGGGCAAGCGACCGCUUAUUCGAUGAAGCAAAAAAUUCAGAAUUACGAUUUGACGUUGCUUUCCUUGUUAAAUUUAGGAGACUGAACUCUUGUGCAGAGCUUAACCUUCGACAGCUUUUGAAUAAAUCAGAAUUUUCAACACAUAUGAAUGAUGUGGUAUGGAACUACAUUCGUGAAAACCCAAGCAAAGUGCUUUUUAUUUUUGAUGGAAUUGACGAAUUCUCUGCAAGGAAAGAGUUACAAGGUGAUCACUCUAUUUAUGAAGACACUGUGAACGGAAGAAUGCCGUUACAUGCUUUGUACAAGAAAAUUGCGUCAGGAAAACUUCUUAAUGGCGCCACUGUUUUAACGACUACAAGACCUACUGCUGUAUCCUGCAUAAGAGAUCUUGAAUUCAGCAGAGUAGUUGAAAUUCUUGGAUUUUCAUCAGGGAAAGUGAAAAACUAUGUGGAGAAGUUCGCAGGCGAUGACAAAGAUGCAGGAGAAACGAUAUGGCAACAUAUCAGCAACAACCUUAACCUCUUUUCGUUGUGCUAUAUACCUGUAAACUGUUUUAUCAUUUGUUCCUGCUUGCUAUACAUGCUGCAGAACUUUUGUUCCAAUUCCAUUCAUGGUUUGGCUAGCCUACCAACUAAACUAACCGACAUAUACAGCUUCGCCGUAAAGGUUAUAUUCUUCAGGCACAGUAACAGAUACCGCAAUAAAACUGAUGUUCAGGAAGAAAUUUUCAAAAGAUUCGAUGAGCUGGCUGAAGACGUGAAAGGGGAUUUUAAGAAACUGGGAACUAUUGCUUUUAAAGGAAUUAAAGAAGGAAGAUUAACCUUUGAAUCCGACGAAGUUACAAACCUAGAGGAUUGUGGCCUACUUCAUCGCUUGCCUGAUUUAAAACCAGAGGCGAAACGACCAUUCGAAAAAUCCAAAGCUCAAUACUGCUUCCAGCAUCUGACCAUCCAAGAGUUUUUCGCUGCAAAGCAUGUGACAGACUACAUGGGAGAAGCCGAAUUACGAGAAUUUGUUUCAAGUCACAUCAAGGACGGUGCAUGGCAAGUGGUGUUGCAGUUUGUGGCUGGGCUUCUCAGUGACCGAGAAGAACCACUGACCGAUAUUUUUACUGACCUUUUGCCAGUGCGGACAUAUGAGGAAAAAGACCCGGAACUGGAGCUGGGCAUAGUAACCUGUUGGCCAAGUGAGGAAGACAAACAAUUAGCGUUAACGUUAUGUCACUGUUUAUAUGAAAUCGAUGCAAAAGAUUCAGCCGUACGAAACAAAGUAAGGAAGAUUGAUUUUAACGCUGUAGUGUUUCAACACUGUCAAAUAGGACCUGUUGAUUGUUCUGCAGUAACCAAUUUUCUUAAAAUGCAUAAUGAAAUUUUAAUGAUUAAUUUGAGUUUUAACAAGAUUGGCUGUCUGGGUUGUAAAGAAAUAAGCGAGUUUUUGGUGUCUUUUUUUACGAGUGUCAGUGAUGGUAACUGCAAACUUAGCAGAUUAUACCUAGGUUAUAACAAUGUAACCGAUGAAGGAGUUACGUAUUUGGUUGAGGCCUUGAAACAUAAUAAUUGCAAAUUAAACACCUUAAAUCUCUCGAAAAACAAUGUAACCGAUAAAGGAGCAGAGUGUUUGGCAGAAGCUUUAAAGCACAGUAAUUGCAAACUAAAUACCUUAGACCUCUCGGAAAACAAUGUAACCGAUAAAGGAGCAGAGUGUUUGGCAGAAGCUUUAAAGCACAGUAAUUGCAAACUAAAUACCUUAGACCUCUCGGAAAACAAUGUAACCGACAAAGGAGCAGGGUGUUUGGCAGAAGCUUUAAAGCACAGUAAUUGCAAACUAAACCGCUUACACCUCUCGGAAAACAAUGUAACCGAUAAAGGAGUAGAGUGUUUGGCAAAAGCUUUAAAGCACAGUAAUUGCAAACUAAAUACCUUAGACCUCUCGGAAAACAAUGUAACCGACAAAGGAGCAGGGUGUUUUGCAGAAGCUUUAAAGCACAGUAAUUGCAAACUAAACCGCUUACACCUCUCGGAAAACAAUGUAACCGAUAAAGGAGUAGAGUGUUUGGCAAAAGCUUUAAAGCACAGUAAUUGCAAACUAAAUACCUUAGACCUCUCGGAAAACAAUUUAACCGACAAAGGAGCAGGGUGUUUGGCAGAAGCUUUAAAGCACAGUAAUUGCAAACUAAACCGCUUACACCUCUUCAAAAGCAAUGUAACCGAUAAUGGAGCAGAGUGUUUGGCAAAAGCUUUAAAGCACAGUAAUUGCAAACUAAAUACCUUAGACCUCUCGUACAACAAUGCAACCGACAAAGGAGCAGGGUGUUUGGCAGAAGCUUUAAAGCACAGUAAUUGCAAACUAAACAGCUUAAGCCUCUGGAAAAUCAAUGUAACCGAUAAAGGAGCAGAGUGUUUGGCAGAAGCUUUAAAGCACAGUAAUUGCAAACUAAAUACUUUAGACCUCUCGUUCAACAAUGUAACCGACAAGCAACCUCUGGCAAAACAAUUUAACCGAAAAAGGAGUAGAGUGUUUGGCAGAAGCUUUAAAGCACAGUAAUUGCAAAUUAAACGGCUUAAACCUCAUGCAAAACAAUGUAACCUAUAAAGGAGUAGAGUGUUUGGCAGAAGCUUUAAAGCACAGUAAUUGCAAACUA